UUAAAAUAAAUUAAAUAGGAUACGAUUUAUUAUUCCUUUAGACAAUAUUUCAACAAAAAUAUUCUGUUUGAUGUUCUGGUGACUUCAUUUUGAAGAAAAAUAUAUAUCUAGAGCGCUCGAAUUGGCUUAAGACUACUGUUUCUUCUAAAAAUGCCUUUAAACUUUUGAAAAAAACAAUAUCUUUAUCAGUUUCAAAGACUAUUCGAAAUUCUCCUAGUAAGAGUAAUUUCAAAAAAAUCAAAAAACUUCUAUGAAGACUGGUACUCUAACAAGUUUACGUGACUUAAAAAAGAUACAAAUAGAUUGCAAAAAAGACAAUGACUGGUAUACUACAAGAUUGUGUCAAUAAAAGUGCUCAUGCUUCAGUUACUGUUUUGGAGCAACCCAACCUUGAUAUAAAAAAAAAAGAUUAUCUUGAAAAUGUUUUAAUUAAACACAGUGUUGCUUAUAUUACACCUAAAGAGUUUAAAAAAAUUAAAAUUAUAGUCCGUAAGGGUAUUCCUAUGGAACAGAGAAAACAAUAUUGGUUGUUAUUUUCUGGCGGUAAAGAGGUUUUACAGAAUACUCCAAAUUUGUUUCAAAAAGCUUGUGAUGAUCUUCUUGGAGAAAGUCACUUUUACUUCAACACUGAAAAAUUAGCAGCAAAUUCUCACUUUUUAACACCAGAUGGAUGCUACUCAUUAUGCAAAUUACUCUAUGUAAUAACCAACUUAAAUCCACUUAUUAAUUACUGUCCUAUGCUUGAACCAAUUACUAUUGUAAUGCUCCAUUUUAUGAAUGAGGAAGACACUUUUUCAUGCUUGUCUGGCAUAUUGAGCAAAAAUCUACUUGAUGAAACCCAGUCUGAAAACACAAUCACAGAUUGUACAUUGCAAGAUCUUCUAAAGUUUAAGAAGAAAAAAGUUUAUGCAAAACUAAAGUCAUAUGUUCCAUCACACUUUAAAGCUGCUGGUCAUAAGCGUGUAAUAUUUCCAUCUUUGGGAAAGUAUAUUUUUGACCAUCUUCCAUUAGCACUAUUGGUUCGAAUUGUUGAUUGUUUUCUAGUUGAUGGACCAAAGAUAUUUUAUCGUGUAGGAUUGUAUCUACUGAAUCAUUUUUACACUCAUUCCUUAACACUCGAUCAUUUUUUUUGUUCAUCUCCCCAAGAUCUUGUUGCUAACAUCGGAGUGCAUAUACAGUCAUUAGAAAUUAAUCCAGAUGCUUUUAUAAAAAAUAUUUUAAAGAUACGGCUGACAAGUAAACAAAUUUUUAAGCUGAAACAAACAAAUACGACUAUGAGUAAUUCUCGUUACCUUGACAGCACAGAUGAUCUAAUUGGCCAGCCAGUUGUCACUACUAAUUUGAGUGAAGUUUCUGAUAUUAUUGAUCUUCAGCAUUGGCAAAUUGUGUGCAGUUGGUUGCCAUUACGAUUACAAGUUAAAAAACCUUAUUUGUUGUUUACAACUAAUAAUGAUGGCUACAAUUUAAAGACAUUGUACCUUAAAUGUGAAAAAGCUGAACAAACUUUAAUGAUCUUUGGCACUACAACUGGCGAGGUACUUGGAGCAUAUUUAUCAUCUUCACUAAAAAAUAGACAUAAUGGUAAUCAAAACCUUUCUUUUUUUGGCACAGUGGAAACGUUUAUUUUCAAACUUAAUCCUGAAUCAGUGUGUUAUCACUGGAAUGGAUAUGAGCAGUUGCAUUCUAAAGUUUCAACUUAUGUGUUUAGUAGUGACUCUUUCGAUGAAAAACGGACUCCUAAAGAACAUCUUGCAAUUACAUCAUGUUUUGAAGCUAAUCAAAUAACACAAAGAAGCCAAAUCAAAAGAGAUGAACAUAUUAGGAGUGCAUUGUUUAUUUCUUGUGAUGAAUCAAGAAUGGUCAUAGGAGGAGGAGACGGUGAAGGUAUUGCGAUUGAUGGAGAUAUUCACGCUGGUCGUUCAACAUGGUGCCGAACUUUUGAUAACGCUCCGUUAUCAUCGCUUGAGAAUGGAGAUUUUUUUAUAAUACGUUUGGAUGUAUUCGGAUUCCAUUAGCUGUCGUAUAAACUAUUUUUAAAAGUUUGAUUUCAUUAUUCGAGUCUUUCAUUAUUCUAAUUUUCGUCAAAAGGUCUUCUUGUCUUAAAGUAAAAACACUAAACUUUUUUCAAAACAAAAAUCAAGAAUGUUAAGUAUUAGACUUUUUUAGACACAAAAUGAUAUUUUGAUGUUCUAAAUAGAUUUAGGGAAUCGUCCCACUAUCUUCUUAAGUUACAUUCUCCAGUUUUAAUUUAUUUAUAUUAUUUAAUAUUUAAGCUGAUAAUUUUAUUUUUUAUUUA